CUAGAAUCUCUCUCUCAGAAUUCAAUUGUGAUUGCAUAAUAUGGCUGAUGCCGGCCUCAUCCUCAUCACUCCUCUUAUGCCUGAGGCACUUUCCAAAGCAACUUCAAUUGCUGCACAGGUCAGCUUUGCCCCUGUUCUGCAGAAGCAGUUGGCAGGUCUUGCUCAGUCGCUAACUGAAAUUCAAGAUGUUGCACGAGGCGCCGAGCAGAGGCAAGAAAGUGAUGCGGCCAUCAGGCUUUGGUUGCAGAAGCUCAACGAUGCUGUUUAUGAUGCGGUGGAUUUGCUUGAUAAGUGUGAUUACGGUAUACUUGUUCUUCAGAAGGAAGUUCAGACUUCAAUCCAGAGGCUGAAACAGGUGCACGCUUUCUUUUCUAUGGCUAAAAAAUUUAAGCUGAUUAAUUAUUCUUUAGCUGAAAUUAGAAAGGUCGUACCAUUUAUUAAUCUGAUUAUCCAAGUUGGAGGGCAAAACAGUGCAACUGCUGGGCCAUAUUAUCAGAUGGUCCGCCUUCUUGAUUCGUCAAAAGUUGUUGGAAGGGAGGAUGAUGUCUCAAAAAUUGUCAACUUGCUGAAUUACCAAAAGACUCAACAUCCAAUCUCUGGCAUUUCAAUAGUAGGUAUGCCGGGCGUUGGAAAGACAACAGUAGCAGGAUCAGUUUAUAUGAAGGCAAAGGAAGAAAAGCUCUAUGAUGUAGUAGCUUGGGUGUGUGUAUCUGAGGAUUUUGAUCAUCAAAGAAUUUUGGGUGAGCUGUUAGAAUGUUGUGAUGUCCAUCCAAAUAAAAAUAAUACAACUGAUUUUUCCUCAAAAAAAAAUAAUAAUAAUACAACUGAUGCACUGCUUCAUGAUCUAGGCCACCAACUAGAAAACAAAACUUUUCUUCUCAUUCUUGAUGAUGUACGGGAAAGAGAUCCUCACAACUGGAGUGUUUUUGCCUCUAGUUUUUCAAAAAUUGUGAAAACCAAUGGGAACUCUACUGUCCUAACAACCCGUUGUGAAAGUGUAGCAUCUGUGCUAGAGAAACAGUUUCCUAUUUGUAGGUAUGAUUUGCAGAGUCUAUCAGAUGAUGAAUGUUUGGGGAUAAUUGAGAAGGUAGUUCUCAGAUCAUCUGCAAAUGCUUUGAUAUCUUCAAAGGAUUGGUUGCCAUUGGUUGCAAAACAAUGUGGUGGCUUGCCAUUGGUUGCAAAACAAUGUGGUGGCUUGCCAUCGGUUGCAUCUGCUAUCGGAGGAACAUGGGGCAAUCAAUUUGAGUGUACAAACAAUACAGUUUUAUCUGUAUUAAAAAUGAGCUUCUUCAAUUGUAUGCCUUCAACUUUGAAAAAAUGCUUUUCUUAUUGUUCAAUCUUUCCGAAAGGUUUUGAUAUUAGAAAAGAUAAUUUAAUUCAGCUAUGGAUGGCCGGAGGAUUUCUUCAACAAAUAUCUUAUGAAAGCCCUAUGACAACAGAGGAUAUUGGAAAUGUGUACUUUAAUGAGUUGGUAUCCAAUUCCUUAUUCCAAGAUGUGAGAAGGGAUGCUUGUGGCAAUGUUGAAUCUUGCAAAAUGCGUGAUAUGGUUCAUGAUCUUGCUCUGGCUGUUUCAAAAGGUGAAACUUUGAUUUGGGAGAAUGGUUCCAAUAUUGAUGAGACUUCUACUAUUCGCAAUUUGAGAAUCAAGUAUGACGGGUUAGCGCAUCCACCCAUUCCUACAGGUAUUUCUCAGAGGUUGCAUUCUUUGUUUUUGGAGGGUGAAUUUACCAUUAACAUGGAGUCAGAUCUGAAGAGCUUGCGAUCUUUAAAAUUAGUCAGAGCUAAAACAGAAGUAUUGCUUGCUUCUCUCAGGAAAUUGAAACAAUUAAAAUACCUUGAAAUAGCAGAAAGUAAAAUUGAAACAUUACCAGGAUCUUUCUCCGAGCUCUACUUGUUGCAGACUUUAAAAGUUAUGCAGUGCAGUCAUCUUCAAAAGCUUCCUGAUGAUACAAGCCAACUAGUUAGUUUGAGGCAUCUUUAUGUCGACAAUAAGAAGCUUCUACCCAAGCAGAUUGGGCGCUUAACUUCCCUUCAAAGCUUGCCAUCAUUUUUUGUGGGAACAGAUGAGGGCUUUACAAUUGAAGAACUUGGAGGCUUAAGCCAACUUAAGGGGAAACUGGAGAUUCAUAAUCUUGAACAUGUGACAUCCAAAUCAAAAGCCACUGGAGCAAGACUAAAUGAAAAGACAGAAUUAUAUGAUUUGAAAUUUGUAUGGGAGAAUGGGAGAAGAGCUACAAACAUCAAUGAUGAGGAGGUUCUAGAAGGUCUCCAACCUCACUCAAAUUUGAAAAGUUUAAGAAUUAGUAAUUAUAUGGGAAAAAACUUCCCGUCUUGGAUGAAUGGUGUCGAGGACUCCAGUGCUUCUUCUCUGCUGGACAACCUGGUGAGGCUGGAAUUAUCUUCUUGCAGUGAGUGCAUGUGUAUUCCUAGUCUUGGACUGUUGCCUAGUCUCCAGGUUCUUUACAUUUGUGGAAUGAAUAUGGUAAGAGACAUUUCACAUGAGUGGCUUGGUGGCCUCACCAACUUGAAGGAGUUGCGAAUGGGUCCUUUCUGGUCGAAUUUGGAGGAAUUUCCUGGGCUCUCUUCCAUUCAUGACCUCCAUGCCUCUCUUGAAUCUUUGAGUUUGGAAGGAUGGGAUAAACUAAAUUACUUGCCAGAUGAGUUGCAACAUCUCACUGCCCUCAAGAAAUUGAACAUAUCGAGGUUUGGUAGCCUAGAAGAUCUGCCGCAGUGGUUGGAAAACCUCCAUUCUCUUCAAGAGCUGAAAAUCGAACAUUGCCAUCAGUUGAAAGGUCAACCUUCUCUUCAAGACAUGCGACUGCGAGGCCUCGACAACUUAAAUUCCUUCGACAUCGUCUCUGAAGAAAGUCUGUCCACCCAGCGGCGUAGCCAGCAUUUAAGCAUCUCCCUUAGCUCUGCCACUGAGUCCACUGAUAAAGAGGAAAUGCAUUUACCGGGGCCCAUGGCCUCCCCUAGCUCCGCCACUGAGUUCACCGAUCAAGAGAAAGUGCUUUUAUCGGGGCUCAUGCCCUCCCCUAGCUCUGGCACCGAGCAAGAGGAAGUGCAUUUACUGGGUUCCAUGCCCUCCGCUAGCUCUGCCACUGAGUCCAUUGAUCAAGGAAAAGGCACGGAAGGGCGUAUCCCGCUUCAACUCAGAAGUGAGUCCACCCAGCGGCGCAGCCAGAAUUUAAGGCCCAGCACCUCCCCUAGCUCUGCCACUAAGUCCACUGGUCAAGAGGAAGUGCUUUUAUUGGAAACCAUGCCCUCCUCUAGCUCCGCCACUGAGUCAACUGAUCAAGGGAAAAUGCAUUUGCAGGGGCCCAUGCUCCCUCUCAGAUCCGAGAUUGAGUCCACCGAUCAAGAGAAAUUGCCUUCACCAGGGCCCAUGCCCUCCCCUAGCUCCGCCACUGAGUCCACUGAUCAAGGAAAAUGCACGGAAAGGUGUAUCCCGCUUCAACUCAGAAGUGGGUUCACCCAGAGGCGUAGCCAGCUUCAACUCAGAAGUGGGUUCACCCAGAGGCGUAGCCAGCUUCAACUCAGAAGUGGGUUCACCCAGAGGCGCAGCCAGAUUUUAAGGAACUCUUUAAUGGAUGUCAUAGAACCAGUCGUGAAUAUUGUGAAGGAUGUUGUACCUACAGUUAAGAAAUAUUUCAAGUAUCAGAUAUGUCACAAUGAUUAUGUCAAUAAAUUCAAAGAAAUGCAAACACAGCUGAACCACCGACGGCAAGACGUUGAAGAAGUACUGCAUGCUCAACUUAGGCAGCCAGGGAAGAUUGCAAAGAAGGAAGUUGAAGCUUGGCUAGAGAAAGCACACCAAGAAACUACAGAAAAAGUGCAAGGAGAAAAGUACACUAGUGCUGAUGAGAGUUUGGUCGUAGAUACUCCCUCAAUUGAGUAUUGGGCAACUGUAUUUGAAGAAAAGCAAGAGAGGCUAAAGCACCAAAAGGAAGACGUUGAAGCAAAUUUGAAGACUCGGCGUAUGCAACCUGGAAAGAUUGCAAGGAAGGAAGUUGAAGAGUGGCUAGAGAAAGCAGGCCAACAGAUUGGCAUAAAGGUUGAAGGUUUGAUCAACCAAGGGGGAUGCUCCUCUCUAUCCAACCUCAGGAGAAAAAUUGAAGAAUUGAGGCAAAUACUUGAGCAAGGAAAAGAAUUCACUAAUGCUGCUGUGAUUUUGGGAGACAAGGUUACAAGAAUUGCAGUUUCGGGAAUGGGUGGUGUGAGCAAGACAACAAUUAUGAAGAAUGUCCACAACCAAGGGGGAUGGUUCUCUCUAUCCAACCUCAGGAGAAAAAUUGAAAAAUUGAGGCAAAUACUUGAGCAAGGAAAAGAAUUCACUAAUCCUGCUGUGAUUUCGGUCAGAGAUGAUCACCCAAUCAAAGGAUUUCCACUUCUCGUUGAAACAUGUAGUGGCAGGGAUGAUAUACAAGAAAAAAUUCUGGAAUGGUUGAAGGGAGACAAGGUUACAAGAAUUGCAGUUUCGGGAAUGGGUGGUGUGGGCAAGACAACAAUUAUGAAGAAUGUCCACAACCAACUGUUGAUUGAAUCCAAAUUUGAGAAUGUUAUUUGGGUAACAGUGUCAAAAGACUUUAACAUUACUGUCCAGCAAAAAAUGAAGUUUGAUAUUCUCCAGUUUCAGAAAAAGAUUGCAAGUAGCUUGAAACUAGAACGAGAGCUAGAUCAUGAGAAUGAAACCAAGCUUGCUGCAUUGAUUUCACAAAGGUUGGGGCAGGGCAGCUUCUUGCUAAUUCUGGAUGAUGUGUGGGAGCCUUUUUCUCUAGAAGAUGUUGGAAUUUCUAAUCCAGUUGGAAAUAAUGGUUGCAAGUUAGUGCUCACGACACGGUCAAAAGAUGUUGCUCGUGCAAUGGAUUGUAAUGUGAUCCAUGUGAACCCUCUUCCACCUGAAGAAGCAUUAGAAUUAUUCUCGGAGAAAAUUGGAAGUGAUGUGUUUUCAGAUGGCAAAAUUAAAAGAGAUAUAGAGCCAUUUUUGAAGCAAAUUUUGCAGAAAUGUGAUGGAGUACCCCUUGCUAUUGUGACAGUGGCAAAAUCAAUGAAAGGGAAAUUACUUCCUCAUCAUUAGAAGUUGGCACUUUCUGAAUUUAGUAAAUUUGAAAGCAUUAUUGAUUGUUUGAAAUUCAGUUAUGAAUGCCUAGAACCACAAUGCCAAAAGUGUUUCCUAUACUGUGCAUUGUAUCCUGAAGAUGCUGAAAUCUACAAGGAGGAGUUAAUUGAGUAU